AAUUCCAAUGGUGUUUGGUAUAAAUUAAUCAUAAAAAAGAAUAAGGAAUGAAUAAAUUAAAUCGUUUUCUAUACAUUAGUGUUUUAAUUAAUAUACUAGUUGUUAACAAAAGUCAUGAACGUUAUUUGGAGGGACUUAAUCUUAAUUUGGGUGAAGCUUUGCAAUUUCUAAGAGAAUAUGAUCGUGAAGCUUCAAUUGUUUGUAAUAAAAUAAUGAUGGCACAGUGGAAUUUUGUGACAAAUAUUACAGACUAUAAUCGAAGAAAAAUGCUAGAAGAACAAAUUCAAAAAUUGGAGUUUGAAAGAUCAUCCUGGAAAAAAGCUACCAGUUUUGCUUGGACAAGAAUUCCUGAUCCAUUGACUAGAAGACAAUUGAAGAUGCUUGUUAUUAAAGGACGAAAUGCUCUGUCUAAAGAUAAAUUUAAUGAAAUUCAUCAUCUGAUAGUUGAAAUGAAAGAACUUUAUUCAAGAACUCGAUUUUGUCCUUAUAAAAAUAAAUUAGGUGGUACUGCUUGUAAUCUUGAACUAAAUACAGACAUUGCUCAAAUAAUGGCAAAAUCUCGAGAUUAUGAUAAGCUUCUUUAUUAUUGGAGAGCAUGGCAUGAAGCAAUUGGACCUCCAUUGAAAAAUAAAUACAUGAGAUAUGUUCAACUAGCUAAUCAAGCUGCUAAAUUGAAUGGCUUUGUUGAUGCUGGUGAUCAAAUGCGUCAAGUUUAUGAUGAUGAUGAUUACUUUCAACAAAAUAUUGCUCAGGUUUUAUCAGCUAUAACUCCACUGUAUAAAAAUAUAUUUACAUAUGUUCGAACAAAAUUAAUCGAUAGAUACGGUGAUAAAAUUCGUCCUGGAGGACCUUUACCAGCUCAUUUACUUGGAAAUAUGUGGGCGCAAAAUUGGGAAGGAAUUUAUGAUUUAGUUGAACCUUUUCCAGCAGCAAGACAAUUUGAUAUUACUUUGGAAAUGAUUAUUCAAGGUUUUACACCUUUAAGAAUGUUUCAAGUAGCAGAAGAAUUCUUUACAUCUUUAGGAAUGAAACCAAUGCCACCAGAAUUUUGGAGAUUUUCAAUGUUUGAAAAGCCAAUUGAUAGACAAGUCAAAUGUACUCCAAGUGCUUGGGAUUUUUGUAAUCGAAUUGAUUAUAGAAUUAAACAGUGUACAAAAGUAACAAUGGAAGAUUUAUCAUCUACACAUCAUGAAAUGGCACAUAUACAAUAUUAUUUACAGUACAAAGAGCAGCCAUUGAUAUUCAGAAAUGAACCAUUGCCAGGUUUUCAUGAGGCUGUAAGUGAUGCUAUUGAACUUUCAGUUAUGAAUCCUUAUCAUUUAAAGAAAAUUGGUCUAUAUAAUUCCACAAAUUUAAAUGACUAUGAGACUACUAUUAAUUUUUUAAUGCUAAUGGCAUUAAGAAAAGUUGUUUAUUUACCCUUUGCUUAUAUUGUCGAACAAUGGAGAUGGAGAGUCUUCAGUGAUGGUGUAGCCGAUAUGACAGCUAAAUGGUGGGAAUUAAGACUUCAGUAUCAAGGAAUUAUCCCUCCUAUUCCAAGAAUUGAAAGAGAUUUUGAUCCAGGUUCCAAAUAUCAUAUACCAGCUGAUAUACCUUAUAUUAAUUAUUUUGUCGGUGUUGUAAUUCAAUUUCAAUUGUUUGAAUCUUUUUGCGAUAUUUCUGGUCAUACUGGAGAUUUACAUACAUGUGAUAUCUAUAAAUCUCAAGAAGCCGGUCGCUUAUUAUCAGAAAUAUUAUCAUUGGGAUCAUCUAGCAAUUGGCAAGAAAUAAUACGUAUCAUGACUAGAGGAAAAAUGAACAGAAUUGAUGUUAAUGCAUUAUUGAGAUAUUUCGAGCCACUAAAUGAAUGGCUUCAACAAGAAAAUAGAAUGGAACCAAUUAUUGGAUGGAUCACAAAUCAUGAUGACACUGGUGCGUAUUAUUAAAGAUGUUAUUAAACAAAUUCAUUCAGAUAAUAAAGAAUUUUUUUAUAGCAUUAUUCGCCCAUUGGUUUAAAAAUGAUUCUAGUGGAAAAAUGAUUUAUUGGU